GGGGAAGGCGCAUGCGCAAGCCCUCCUGACCCCGCCCCUAGAGGCGCGGCCCCUGGGGCCCGGGGCCAGCUCCCGGGUGUGCCUUGGCCAUGGAGCCCCUGCGGAGGGCCCACGAGGCCAUGCUGCGGCUGCUACUGUGGGGGCCCUGGGCCUCGGGCGCCGCCUCCCGCCCGAAGCCCCGCGCCUCGGAGGUGCUGACGCGGCACCUGCUGCAGCGGCGCCUGCCGCACUGGACCUCCUUCUGCGUGCCCUACAGUGCGGUCCACAACGACCAGUUCGGCCUUUCGCACUUCAAUUGGCCGGUGCCGGGCGCCAACUACCACGUCCUGCGCACUGGCUGCUUCCCCUUCAUCAAGUACCAUUGCUCCAAGGCGCCCUGGCAAGACCUGGCCGCGCAAAACCGCUUCUUCACCGCGCUCAAGGUCAUCAACAUGGGUAUUCCAACUUUAUUAUAUGGACUUGGCUCCUGGUUAUUUGCCAAAGUCACAGAGACUGUUCAUACCAGUUACGGACCGAUAACAAUCUAUUUUCUAAAUAAAGAAGAUGAAGGUGCCAUGUAUUGAAAAUGUGCAUUGGAAAACACUAAUGUCAAUGAAUUUGUUCCUCUCUGUGUGUAUAUGCAGUAUUUAUUUUUGAUCCUUUAAAAUAAAAUGCUGGCAAAAAUC